GACUGUGGGCUCCAGACAGACUUACUGGCUGCAGAUGAAGUUUUCAGUCACACUGCACCGUGGGACUUUUUAGGAAUUCAUAUUAACCAUCCAGACUCUAUCUCCUGACUGACAUGUUGCGAUGUUUCGUGCAGCCUUACAAAACGUGGACUUGCUUUGGGUGAUUUUGUUGUAUUUUGUUUUUCUACCGGAGACUGGCUGUAGAUCAGCCGAUGCAGACAGCUGUCAUGAGGUGAAGACAGCUUACAUGAUGCGCCAAAUAGGCCCGGUGGAGCUGGUGCCAGACAGGCCGGGAUCAGAUGAGUCACUGCGAGUGUGUGUCCACCCUGGACCCAGCUGCUGUACCAGUAAGAUGGAGGACAGCUACAUGGCGGCGGUUCGAAGUGAGACACAGCAGAAGAUGCGAUCCUUCAGCUUUGAACUUAAGUACCUGAUUGCUGGACACACCAAGGCCUACCAAGAGACCUUUGAGUCGCUCGUGUCCUUCACAUCUAACCUGACGAGCACGCUGUUCGACAGCGCCUACUCUGCUCUGGCGUUGGACUGUCGCCCCCUUGUGUUCCAGCUGUUUAGCGACAUCAAACGCCACCUUUCUGGAGACUCUAAUUCCUCAUUAGAUAACACUGUGCGUCGCUUCUACAAUGAUCUUUUCCCGUUAGUCUACCGCCGCCUUCUCAACCCUGGGAUCGGCCACAUGUCAUCCACGUCCUAUUCCUCCCCUUCCAACGCUCCCAACGACUGCCUGCGGAUGACGCGGCAGGAUGUCAGCCCAUUCGGACCUCAUCCUCGCCUCCUGGUCAGCAGCUUGUCCAGUGCGCUCGGGGCGGGCCGAGCACUGAGCCGACUGCUGAGACUUGCCGGAGAGGUUGUGAAUGCGACUGAGAAGGCGACGUUAUCCAGAGAGUGUGGCCGAGGCUUAGUGAGAAUGCAAUACUGCUCCCACUGCAGAGGGAUGACUUUGAUAAGGCCCUGUACCGGGCUGUGUGUCAACAUUAUGAGAGGAUGUCUGGUGGGUGUAUCAGAGCUUGGCGCCCCCUGGGGGAGUUUGGUGGUCUUGCUCCAGCGGUUAGCUGCUACUUUAGCAACCAGUAGCAACCACAACAGCAUGGAGUUAGCUCUGUUAGCGAUCCGAAACCAUGUGAAUGAUGCCAUACUGCACGCUCAGCUCCACGGGCCACGCAUUACAGCCACAGUAGAGAAGGUGUGUGGACCCCAGGCAGCUGGUCCCAUGAUGCCAAGUACAAAUCCCACUACCUCACACAUUACAACCUCUGUGAGCCCUUCUACAUCAGUAACCUCAGAGAGGUCAAAUGUGACAUCGCCUGCCUCAGUCGGUCCGGCUGCUCAUCAGCGUCUGCAGCCGCAAUCCCGGAGGUCAUUCCUUCUUAAGAGCUCCAGAGGAGACAAGAGUCGCAGCCUGAAAAAACUGUCAAGGGAGUUUGAGGGCUCUAUCCAGCGGUACCAGUGGUUCUUCUCAGAGCUGCCAGAGAUGCUUUGCGAAAGUGAGAUGGAGGUUGAACAGCACACAUGCUGGAGUGGCCAAGAUGUCGUAGAGAGUUAUGCAGGUCGUGUGGUUGGCAGCAGUUUAAAGGCCCAGAAGGACAACCCAGAGAUGACCGUCCGUAAUACAGAUCCUGUCCUGAAGGGGGCGAAACAGAAGCUGGAGCAGCUAACACAGGAGCUGUUAGUGGACCUUGGCUGGGCGAGCAAAACCAGACAAAAAGUGGAGGAAGAGGAGGAAGGAGGGAGCGCACAGACAGAGAGGGGCAGCGGAGACGACUGUGAUGAUGAAGAUGGUUGUGAAGCAUCUGGUGUGGAGAAUGGCGAUGAGACAAGUGAUACAUCCAGUGGUCAUAGUCCAGCAAAAAAAGGCAUGGCUCCUCCUCCUCCUCGUCGCCCCGUCCCUCCUCAUCACCUCUCACCUCCACAGGUGGCUGUCCGAGGCUCAGCCCACACGUUGUCUGUUGGACCUUUGACCUUGGGGACCCUGCUGCUCGUGCUGCUGUCACCAUGGCAACACCGUUGAUCACCGAGAGACGGUCUGAAAGAGACAAAAAGACUGAGAGACAGCCACAGAUAUUUUGUGGUGAAGUUGAGCGUUUGGAGUUUCUGUAAGCACAGGUCAACCACUCUGAUUGUUUUGUUUUGGGUGGGACAAGCUGCCGGUUGAUCACAGUUACCUGUACUGACCUCUACAUGUGUUUGUUCAUGUGUCUUUAACUCUCAUAGGAUAGAUCGCACAGCACUACUGACUUUUUUUUUUUUGAAGAGAGAUGUAAAUACAAAUAUAUAUAUAUUAUAUAUUUAUAUGAAGAAUUCCUAUAGAUAACAAUGGCUUGAUGUGUACAUAGAGGUUAAUAUAGAGCAGAUUGAACGUUAAAGGGUGUUUGGUUUGACCUUUACAUUAUGUAUCCCCCACGGAUCCAUGACAGCUAUAGUUCAAGCUGAAGGCCAGGAAGUGUGCUCACCGACGUAUUAAUGUUGAAGACAACUCAUCACUCUGUGGGCAAAAAUGUAUUUUGUGACACUUCAGAGCAUUUACAGAUGGCCAUGCAGCAUAAUGAACAAUUUGACAGUUUGGCCUGUAAGCCUGCGCAGACUGAAGCCCAUCCGGCACUUUUUUUUCCACACAAACAUGCUCUUUUGAUCAUGCAAGCUGGGUGUUUUUUUUUGUUUUGUUUUUUUGCAGAAAGUAUGCUGAGAGUUUUAACUGUGUAACACAUUACUUCCUGCAAAAAUGACUCCAUAUAGCAGAGAUCUUUCCCAAGAAACUGCAUCCUCUGGUACGUGUAUAAUUCCUUUCACAGUCUUGGUAGUUGUGCGGAAAAUGAGUUCAGACUUUUCUUCUCAGGAUGUACAGUGUGUAGAGUUGUAAAAGCACUACAGGGAGGGAUGUAACAUCUUCCAUAUCAACUUCAAUUUCCCUUGUAAGCUGUCACAGCCAUCCACAACACAAAGCUCCGGUAAAAAUAAGAUUAGCGGAAACAAUAAAAAGCACAGAGUACAAGACAAGACUAAAUAUGGCUCACGUGUAAGAGCAAGAAGACACAACCGUCUUUGUAAAAAAUGAAUAAUUUGACAUCUCGUUGUCAUAUUUAAAUGCUGAGCUGUCACAAUGAUUUCAAACACUGGCUGGUCUAAAAAAUAUUAAUACAUGGUCGCCCAUUAAGGUUGAAUAAAAUAUUUUUUUACCUCUUUCCAAUUUCCAUGAUUGUGACUAUUUGAUUUUUUUGAAAGUUAAAGUGCAUAUCUUCUCAAUCUAUCUCUUUCAAUUAACAAUUAACUGAAAACAAAAUGAUUCCAACUUUAUGGGCGACCAUGUAAAAGCUGCAAAAAUGAGAUAAUAUGUAAGAAAUACAAAAGAAUACUUCAUUUUUCAGUCUGAUACAUGAGUUAUGAGCUUGUUUUGUAUUCAGUGAUUCAGUCAAGAGAUGGAGUAUCAAGAGAGCUAUCAGAAUACAGCUGAGCCCCAAACAUGUGAAUUAAAUGUGAUUCAUGUUAAUUAGGGAUAGCAAGUCCUCCCAGCUCGCUGAUGAGUCUCAAACCCCCCAAACUGCACACAACAGCAGGACAGACAACUGGAAUACUGAUUAAAACAUUCAGAACAAAGACACACACCAGCUGAGGGACACUGUGUGCAUUUCUGUCAGUUUGUGACUGACUUUCUUUUUAUGGUUUUGUCCUGUAUAGUCUUUUGAAAACAGUUAAAUUCCUACAUAAAUGCAUCUACUGUCACCUGAGAGACUUCAUUCAUGAAGGAAUGGGAUUAACAGUUGAGAGAACUAAAGAAAUACCAUUAAGAGCCUACGUGGUGAGUUAUCUGGGCACUGAGCCCAAAUACCAUGUCAGCUUGCGGGAUGCUUUUACAACAUUAUCUGUCAAGCCAGCAUGCUAUUAUUUGAUUACCAUUUAAACGUUGUACCCAAAUGAGAUGAGAUUUUGGAUUUGAGCCAUCCCAUCCAUCUUCCACAGCUCUUGCUAGGCGACUCACAAAAACAACAACACACCACACAGCACAUGCAGAUACGUGGGUGUAUAAAUGGUGGGCUGUUGACAGCAAUUUAGGCAAUUCAUAAAAUAAUGAUCAUUUAAAGCUUUUUCUUGUUCAAAUUAAAUUGCCUGGAAAGUCAAGAUAAGAUUGCUGAGUGAUGUCACAACUUCUAAUUCUGUGGAUGCUCGCCUUCAGGUGUGAGCUGCUAUCUGUGCAUAACAGGUUUAAAUGAGAAAUCUCUGCAGUGAAUGGAGUGUGAAUCUUAUUUACCUCCGACCAAAAGGAGUUCAUGUUACCACUUGGGUUUUUUGUUUGUUUGUUUGUUUGUUUGUUUGUUUUUGUCAGCAGGAUUAGAGAAAAAUGACAGGCCCUAUUUAAGUAAGGAUGUUAAAUAAAACAGAAUGAGGUAAUUUGCCAAGCUUUUGUGACAUACAGGUGCAUCUCAAUAAAUUAGAAUAUCAUAGAAUAGUUUAUUUAUGUCAGUAAUUCAAAUCAAAAAGUGGAAAUAACACAUUAUAUAGAUCCAUUACACACAGAAUGAAACAUUUCAUGCCUUAAUUUAUUUAAUUUCUUCUAAUUAUAAUGAUUAUGGCUCACAUUUAAAUAAGGCCUAAAAUUCAGUGUCUCAAAAAAAAAUAAUAUUACAAAAGACUAAUUUUUAAAAACUAUGUUUAAUAUGGAAAUAUUGGCCUCUGAAAAGUAUGUCCAUCUAUAUGCACUCAAUACUUGGUUGGGGCUAUUUGAUUUGAACGGCUGGAAAUGGACUUUUCCAUGAUAUUCUAUAUUUUUUUGCAUGAUAUAUUUUUGUAAAUAUACUCUCUAAAUUCUGAAUUUGAUCCUUUCUGGGUUGUUGUUUUUUUUUUUUUUUUUUUACAUUUUACACAACAUCCCAACUUGUUUGGAACUGAGGUUGUAGCAUGGGGCAGAGAAAAGCCCAUGAAAUGUUUUGAACAUUGGGAGAUAAGGGCAUGGCCUGGCAGAGGUCUGUACUUCUUGUUGUAUAUUAGUCCGAGCAAUGUUUUUCAUAUCGAGCAUAGAAAUUACUUUCCAUUGUUCCUCUCGUACUGUGUUGUCAUAAUGGUUCUCAGCAUGCAUGUAGAGCCACACUGGUGUGCCAUGGAGGGGCUGUGCUGUUUGUCAAUGUCAAAGAAAAUCAUUAAAUAUACUUUAUCAAGGUUUAACAGCUGUUUUUGUGUAUAAAGUCUAAUGUUGUAGCAGUAUGCAGGAACACCAGUUAGAUACAGUAAUAUGGUUUCUCUCCCCACUCUCUGAAAAACCACUGUAUUAUAAACUUAACCAGUGACUCUCACAUGAAAUGUAAAUAAACCUACUGUAAUAACCUGUGUCCUGCUACUCUGUUGUGUCACUAAUCUUCAGCUUAAUAUCCUCAAUAAUAAACUGUUUUCAAAUA